AAGUGGGGACGAUAGAGACGCGCCGCCUCAGCUGCGCGCGCCGGCGGACGAGAGAGUGGUCGGCGAGGAGGGCGGCGGGCUGCGCAGCCCGUGCCCGAGACCCGGACCUGAGCGCGGAGGGUACGAGUCCCGCCCCCGCCCGGGCCGGAGCAGGGCCGGCCUCGCCGAGUCGCAGCCGCUCUCCGCGCGCCCCCCGUGUGCCAGGCCCCGGGCGAGGCGGCGGACGGAGCGGACGAUGGGUGACGAGCUCGACGGCGAAGGCCGGGCGCGCGUGGGGGGCCCCGACCAGGACGGCCGCAGCGCCCCGGGCCCCCAGCAAGGGGAGGAGCAGGCCACGGGGGCCGGGGCCGCGGGACCGGGUGCUCAGCCGGGGCCCUACAGCUACAUCCGGGCCGGCCUAUUCACUUCGGAGAUCUUCAAGCUGGAGCUUCAGAACGUGCCGCGCCACGCCAGCUUUAGCGACGUCCGGCGCUUCCUGGGCCGCUUCGGGCUGCAGCCCCACAAGACGAAGCUCUUCGGGCAGCCUCCCUGCGCCUUCGUGACCUUUCGCAGCGCCGCCGAGCGCGACAAAGCCCUAUGUGUGCUGCACGGCGCCCUGUGGAAGGGCCGGCCGCUCAGCGUGCGCCUGGCCAGGCCCAAGGCUGACCCCUUGGCCAGGAAGAGGCAACGGGAGGAUCAGGGGGAGCCGCCUGCCACCCCCGCCACGUGCAUCGCUGAUGUGGUGACCCCUCUUUGGACCAUGCCCUACGCGGAGCAGCUUGAACGGAAGCGGCUGGAGUGUGAGCAGGUGCUGCAGAAGCUCGCCAAGGAAAUUGGGAGCACCAACCGCGCUCUGCUCCCUUGGCUGCUCUUACAGAGGCACAAACACAACAAGGCCUGCUGCCCGCUGGAGGGGGUCCGGCCGUCACCUCAGCAGACUGAGUAUCGGAACAAAUGUGAGUUUCUGGUUGGUGUCGGGGUGGAUGGGGAAGACAACACGGUUGGCUGCCGGCUUGGCAAGUACAAGGGUGGGACGUGUGCUGUGGCAGCUCCUUUCGACACCGUGCAUAUUCCUGGGGCCACCAAGCAGGUGGUGAAGGCUUUCCAGGAGUUCAUCCGGUCCACUCCCUACUCGGCGUAUGACCCGGAGACAUACUCGGGUCACUGGAAGCAGCUGACUGUGCGCACCAGCCGCCGUGGGCAAGCCAUGGCCAUUGCCUACUUCCACCCGCAGAACCUGAGCCCUGAGGAGCUGGAGGGGCUGAAGGCUUCUUUGGCACAGCACUUCAUGGAGGGGCCGGGCAAGACCAGCGGGGUGACUUGCCUCUACUUCGUGGAGGAGGGACAGCGAAAGACCCCCAGCCAAGAGGGCCUGCCUCUGGAGCAUGUGGCCGGGGACCAGUGCAUCCGCGAGGACCUGCUGGGGCUGACCUUCCGGAUUUCCCCUCACGCCUUCUUCCAGGUGAACACUCCCGCGGCUGAGGUGCUCUACACGCUCAUCCAGGACUGGGCCCAGCUGGACGCGGGGAGCACGGUGCUGGAUGUGUGCUGCGGCACUGGCACCAUCGGCCUGGCUCUGGCCCGGAAGGUAAAGAGAGUCGUGGGGAUCGAGCUGUGCCAGGAGGCUGUGGAGGACGCCCGGGUGAAUGCCCUGGACAACGAGUUGAGCAACGUCGAGUUCCAUUGCGGGAGGGCCGAGGACCUGGUGCCUGCACUGGUGAGCAGACUGGCGUCCCAGCAGCUCACAGCUGUCCUGGACCCACCCCGCGCUGGUCUACAUUCCAAAGUGAUCCUGGCUGUCCGCAGAGCUGAGAACCUCAAGCGACUCCUAUAUGUCUCCUGCAACCCCCGGGCAGCCAUGGGCAACUUUGUGGACCUCUGCAGGGCCCCGUCGAACCGGGUGAAGGGCAGUCCCUUUCGGCCAGUCAAGGCUGUGGCCGUGGACCUGUUCCCACAGACCCCACACUGUGAGAUGCUCAUCCUGUUUGAGAGAGUGGAGCACCCCAAUGGCAUGGGGGCCCUGGAGCCCCAGGAUCCUCCAGUCCAGCCCCCACCAGGGCCCCCAGGUGACACCCCACCAGAAACCAGGGCCUCCCCCGCUUCUUAGUCCUCUGGGGCAGUGGAAACCAGCCCUUCCAGAACAGUACCCAGACUGCAUCACGGGCAGAAUCCAGGGGCUCCCCAAGUCCUUGCCCUGCCUGGCAUACUCAGGCAAUAGCCACAGAGGGUACAAGACCCCUGUCCCCGUGGGCUCCUGUGGUCUGCUCCCCCCUCACCCCCAGAAUGGGCCACAAGGGCUGGAAUAAACAAGUGCUGAAUUACCAA